UGGCGACGAUAACGACAAUAUUUUUUUUCUUUCGUCACACUACGAAAGCUCUGCUUUAUAAGCCGCUGGUACCACCCUUUCGAGUCACGGAGAUCUCUCAUCCGCCAGCGUGUCCAGGAGACAAGUUUUGAGGAACUCGCAGCCAAAUCGACAAGAGGCAAAAAUGGUCAACUCAAAGGGCGUGUUCAGCUGGGUAGUAGUGGCCGUGGUCGUCAGCGUGGUCGCGGUGUCCAGCGUCCUACCGGUCGUCCAGGGAAAGGCCAGCAAGGCGCCCGCCGGCGUUGACUUCUCGUCGUUCGCAGCACCGCCCGCUCCCAGCGAGGACUGCGUGGGAGUGGCGGCCGCCCCUGGUGGUGGCGCCGCCCUGGUGGCUGACCCGAACGACUGCACCAAGUACUCCGUGUGCACGGACACGUUCAGCUCGAAGCUCACCUGCCCGCCUGGACAGCACUUCAGCGUGGCCGACAACAGAUGCGCCACUCCGCAGGAGGCCAAGUGCGACCCCGCUUUUGCUGCAGUUGACGCCACCGACGUAGCCGCCAACGUCGAUCUGGAAUCAGCUGCUGCCGAUGUCGCUGAUGCCGCCGACGUCUAACCACUCGGUCCUCACUGCUCACCGCCUAUGCUCGCCCGUCCCGAGAUGUUGUUCGGUACUCUCCGACCACCUGAGCGAGAGACGUGCCGACACAGCGCCGGAAAUAAAGGAAUAAAGUUCAUACGGCUUCUUCUGCGCCAGAUACCUGCGGCAAAGAAAUAAAGCGAGAGUACUUUUGUGUUUCCAAA